CUUAUCAACAUUUUUAUUUCAUUCGUGUUUCCGGUUAUUGUUUAUAUUUCCGAAUUUCUUCAUAUCUUCAGUAUUUCAAUUAGUGAACAUUUUGAAUUUCCAUCUCUACUCCGUGCCACUUGAUGGCGCUGAUGCUUCUUAACAUUAUUUAUCAAAGUAAAUAAACACAAAAAAAGAUGAAGAGGAAGAACUUUUUUCUCUUUUUUUUCAUCGUCUGUCCCACCUUGUUAAAAAACAUGGCGGCCCCCAUGGCUCUCAGACGAGAUAUAUUUUCUCUCACAAGGAUACUUGGAGGAAUCUCACAUUCGGUACCAAGAGCUUUGGGGGCCUGUUCAGGUAACAAGAAAUGUCAUUUAAUGAGGUCCCAUCUCCCAUUGGCAUCCAGAACUUCUUUCCACACGGCAACAGUGUUUUCAUCCCAGCCUUCAUCAAUCACUGUCACAGAAGAGCCCGACACGCUGUUUCAGAAGGUGGCACUGUUGGUCAAAGGUCAUGACAAAUCUGUGUUGGACAGCUAUGAGUUAUUUUCCACCAUGGCAGCUAAAGAGCUGGGCAUCGCCAUAAGCAAAGUUUGUGAGCUUCCCAAGGACACAGAGAGGUUUACACUCUUAAAGUCAGUCCACAUUUUCAAAAACCACAGGGUCCAGUAUGAGAUGAGGACACACUACCGAUUCAUUGAGCUGUCUCACUUAACAGGCUCCACGGCACGGGUGUACCUUGAAUACGUUCAGAGGAACCUUCCUGAAGGUGUAGCCAUGGAGGUGACAAAGACUGCCAUGGAAAAGGUUCCAGAUCACAUCCUGAAACCCAUGUGGGAGGAGGAAUCCAUUGAUAACAAGCUCAGCCAGUGAUGAAAAGCAAUGGAUGUUUAAAAGAUGUAAACUGCAACGUUAACAUAGUUAUCAUGGACCUGGGAUCUGCUCAUCAUACAGAUUCAAAUGACAGAAAAGGGGCCGACCAUAGAAAUUGCUUUCAUUUACUGGCGUUUGUGUUUGUGUUUUCCAAAGAGAAAAAGUAUUUGAAUAAAUUCUGCAUUUAAGAACUUCAA